AGACACAAUAUCCGCAGGAUACGGCCUGCAGAACCACAAAGUAACUACGGAAGAUGGUUACAUUCUAACCAUGCACCGUAUACCGUAUAACAAGAAAGAGGGCACGUCUGAAGUUAAACAAAAGACGGCUAUUCUUCUCAUGCACGGGAUUAUGGGAACUUCAGCCGACUUUAUCAAUCAAGGUCCGAAGAGUAAACUAGCGUUCGCUUUAUCAGAUGCAGGCUUAGACGUUUGGCUGGGCAAUGCUCGUGGCAAUCCCUUUUCACGAGCUCACAAAACCCUCAACCCUGACAAGGACAGUAUCGACUUCUUCAACUUCAGCUGGGAGGAGAUCGCCAUUUUUGACUUCCGCGCUAUGGUUGACCACAUCAUUUUUACUACUGGCGAAUCACAGAUACGUUUCAUAGGGGACUCUCAAGGUGGGACUUCCUUCUUAAUUUUAAACCAUUUGAAGCGCGAGUACAAUAAGAAAUUCCACAUGGCACAACUUCUAGAUCCCGUUGGGUAUACGAAAUUCUUCCCUUCGGCAGAGUUGAAAGCAGUAGCAAGUAUUAUUAAUCCUCUAUAUAACUUUGCACUAGGAGCGGGUAUAGCAGAGAUAUCUUCACUGAAUAUGCAUAAAAAUAUAACCCAAACAGGGGUGACGCACCAAGUUGCAGUGCAGAGUGUUGUGUCGUACAUCGCAAGCUUGGGCGGCUUCACAUCCAUAGGAACUUCCCUCAAACAACUAGUUCACUACGCUCAGAACAUCAGAGAUAAAUCCUUCCAGCGUUGGGACUACGGCCAGAACGUUAACUACCAAAUCUAUGGAACCCCCUCCCCUCCACCAUAUAACCUAUCCCAUGUUACGGUUUAUACUUUAUUGUAUUAUAGGAAAAAUAAUAAAUUUCUAGACGAAAAUGAUGUCCAAGCUAUGGCUAGCGAUAUGCCGAACGCUAGAGCUAUUGGAAUUAAUGGAACCGAAUUUUCUCAUGCAGAUUUAAUACAUGUUACUAGGACAAAAGGGCUUUAG